AUGGAGAUCGCCGAUGAGUUCGACUAUUUGAAGAGGGAGAAAGGUCGGUGGCGGCGGCGACGAAUAGAUGUACGUGCUCCGGGAAGUGGCUAUAGGGGGUUAAGAAGGCGUGAGGAGGCCGUAUGGGAACCCCCGAAGAGUGGCAUCAUGAAGGUCAAUGUGGAUGGAGCCCUCUUUAAGGAUACAGGAGUGGGGCUAGGGGUGGUUAUUAGAGAUGAGAAUGGUAGAGUUGUUCGUGCAGCUUGUUUACAAACAAAGCAAAGGUGGGAUGUGCCCGUGGUAGAGGCCAAAGCUAUAGCUCUUGGGAUUAAGUUAGCUGCGCAAAGCAAUGCCACAAUGGUGGAGGUAGAAUGCGACAAUAUGCAGGUGGUCAGCUUGAUCAAUGGCGCAAGAAAGGAUGGCUCGCAACUGGGAAUAAUUGUUCGAGAAAUUAAAUGCUUAGCUAGUUGUUUUGAUAGUGUUAAGUUUUCUCAUGUAUUUAGAGAGGCCAACUUAGCGGCCCAUACUAUGGCUCACCUUAGCCCACUUGAAUUUAGUACUCGAGUGUGGGUAGGGGGUUGUCCAAGUAUCUUAGAUGAUGUAAUUGCGUCUGAUUUUUGUUUAAUGAAUAAUAACAACUAG